UUGGUUUCUGUACUUUAUUGGCAAAAGAGCUCCACUUCCGUAAACAACAUGCGUUGUGAGAGGAGACAUGGAUGUAAGCGAAGGAUGUGAAAAUAUUCCGAUUUACCUCGACAAGAGAGAUCGAAAAGAGCGAUCCCCCGUCUUUCAGUACACAAAAUGCAAUAUUCCUGGUCCAGGGACAGACACAGAGGACUUCGUAUCCCAGUUUCAAGGCUGUGACUGCCACUCAGUGUGUUUACCUGAUACCUGCCCUUGUAUUCAAAGAUUUGGACCUUCCUAUAACAACGAAGGACAGUUAAUUUGUACUACAAUCUCACUGUGUGAUAAACCUGUUUAUGAGUGCAAUAGGGAGUGUAAAUGCAGUAUUCAGUGUUCCAACAGGAUUGUGCAAAUAGGCGUACAGUUCAAGCUUCAAGUUCGCAACACAGAUAGUGAUAAAGGUUUUGGCUUAUACGCACUUGAAACCAUUCCCAAGGAUCAUUUUGUUUGUGAAUAUGCAGGGGAAGUCCUUACCCAAGAAGAGGCCAAGCGAAGGACUAAAGCUUUAAAACAUGCAGACAUGAACUACAUAUUUGUUCUACGAGAGCAUAUACAUUUAGUCCAAGCUGAUCAUAGUAAUGUGCCCCCGAAGGAAGGUAAACAUGUUGCCUCGACUGAGUAUAGACAUGAGCCUGCAAAUGGAAAUAUACAUGUGGCCCUGAAUGAGGAUAUGCAUGUUACCCCAAAUGAGAAUAUGCAUGUACAUUUGGCCAGUAAUGAGGAUAUACAGCUGGCCCCAAAUGAGGUGCUAACAACAUAUAUAGAUCCUACUAGGAUUGGCAAUGUGGGAAGAUUCAUUAACCAUUCUUGUGGCCCCAAUCUUUACAUUGUGCCAGUGAGAGUGGACAAUUCUGUGCCAAAGUUGGCACUCUUUGCUUCUAGGGAUAUUUUUGCUGGGGAAGAGUUGAGUUUUAAUUACUCUGGUUCUUCUGGACCAGUACCAAAAAGCACUGAAAAUGACUGUGUAGUAAGCCUAAGAAAACUGUGUCAUUGUGGAUAUGCUGACUGUCAGGGAUUUCUUCCUUUUGAUGAGUCUCUUUUUGAUUCUGAUGCUUAAAGAGAAUACUGGAUUGUGCAUGUGUGUG